AUGGCUGCAGCAGAUCUGAUGGGGGUUGUAGUAGGUGUUAUAUUGGAGCAGAUUAAUUUCAUCUAUUUGUUUGCUGAUUUAUUGCUCAUGACUCCGGUGUGUAUCGUGAUGAUUUUCCUACGGAUCGUAAUAUCGGACUGUUCCGUUUGGUUCACGAUCGCUUUCACUUGCGAUCGUUACAUUGCCAUCUGCUGUCAGAAGCUGCGGAAACGAUAUUGCACCGAGAGAACAGCAAAUGUGGCGAUGGUAACAGUGGGUGUUCUCAGCUGUGUUCGGGCUAUUCCAUAUUGUUUUGCAGUUGAACCAUGGGGCUGCGCCGGCAAAGCUGAAUACUUCACAUCACCCGUGUGGAAAGCCUUCGCGUUACUUGACGCCAUCGCGACCCCGUUAUUACCAAUCUGUUUAAUGGUGCUGUUUAAUACAUUAACUGUCAAGCAUAUUAUAGCGGCAAAUAAAGUCCGUCAGGGGCUCAGGAACAACAGUGAGAAUCAAAAGGAUCCGGAAGUGGAGAACAGGAGAAAGUCAAUGAUUUUGUUGUUCACCUUAUCAGCCAAUUUCAUAAUCUUGUGGUCACCCAAUGUGGUACAUUCCAUGAACUGGCAAGUUGAAAACUAUUCCUACUCAGACAGAUACUUUAGCACGCCGGUAUAUAUCCUACAACAGUGUGGGUAUAUGUUGGAGUUUCUCAGUACCUGCACCAACACCUGUAUCUACGGGUUGACUCAGAGGAAAUUCAGGAAGGAGCUGAAGGAUGGAGUGAAAUAUCUGUUUACAUUAAACGGGAAGCUCUGUAAAUAA